GCGACGGACAUACUGUAUUUGAGAAAAAAGGCCGUGAGGCGAAAAUGGAGGCGUUGGUAUGUAGGAAAUUGGGCGAUCCGGCGGAGACGGAGCCGGGGAGUGAAGAAUCGCCGGUGGUGGUGAGCAAGAACCAACCGAUCCCGCCUCUGGAUUCCGACACGGCGGGUCGGGCCACGAGCCUGAAUUACGCCAAUUACCUUCAGAUUCAAGGCAAGUACCAGGAGAAGCCUCCGUUGCCUUUCGUCCCUGGCUCCGAUUACUCUGGAACCGUCGACGCCGUCGGUCCCUCUGUCACCAAGUUCCGUCCCGGCGAUCGUGUCUGCUCCUUCGCCGCUCUCGGCUCCUUCGCUCAGUUCAUCGUCGCCGACCAAUCUCACCUAUUCCCAGUGCCCGAUGGAUGCGACAUGGUGGCUGCAGCCGCUCUUCCUGUUGCCUUCGGGACAUCUCAUGUCGCCAUUGUCCAUAGGGCUCCUCUGACAUCUACUCAGGUUCUACUGGUUCUAGGUGCUGCCGGCGGCGUCGGGCUUGCCGCCGUGCAAAUCGGCAAGGCUUGUGGCGCCACUGUCAUUGCUGUUGCCAGAGGGGCUGAGAAGGUACGGCUCUUGAAGUCCAUGGGAAUGGACCAUGUUGUCGAUCUGGGCAGCGAAAACGUUAUUCUGAGCGUUAAGGAGUUUCUCAAGAAGAAAAAGCUCAAAGGAGUCGAUGUUCUGUACGAUCCCGUGGGAGGAAAACUCACCAAAGAGGCCAUGAAGCUACUGAAUUGGGGAGCUCAGAUUUUGGUGAUCGGUUUCGCUAGCGGCGAGAUACCCGUCAUCCCCGCAAAUAUUGCCCUUGUUAAGAACUGGACAGUGCACGGACUCUACUGGGGCAGCUACAGAAUCCACCAACCUGAUGUGCUCGAAGAUUCCACAAGAGAGUUACUGUCAUGGCUGUCGAGGGGAUUGAUCACCAUUCACAUCUCUCAUACCCACACCCUCUCCCAGGCCAAUCUCGCCUUUGCGGCCCUCAAAGACCGGAAAGCCAUUGGAAAAGUGAUGCUUGUUCUUGACCACAAGAUCUCUCCAACAUCUAAACUAUAAGUUGUUUUUAGAUUCUAGCUUUGUCCCCUACCCAAACUAGAAUCUUUCCUCCACAUUCCAGAUUUUCUAGUGGUUGCCCCCAUCAAUAAGUUCUUUCAUGUGACAAGUUGCCUUCUCCUGCAUGUUAUGUACUUGGCACUGUGCAAACACUAUGUAAAAAGAAACAUGAUGAAUGAAGAUACGUAUUUGAAUA